CUGCCACAGCUUUCAGUCAGACUGAAGCGCGUAGCUCUGGGAUCGGAACGUAGUUUUUCUACUGAAGAGGGGAAACGCGCAACAGCGAAAUCACCGCUCGCGCUUUCCUGGACAGCGCUCCUUCCUUCUGGACCACCAUUAGCCUAGGACAAUGUUCGCCACUUGUCUGGACUACGAUUCCUCCUCCCGCUCCAGCGCUGGUUCUCCAGGCGGGGAAAGCUUCCGCCAGUACCCGUCGGCGCUCGGCUCCUACUGCAGCUUGAACUCUCCUGGCUCUCAGUCUCAGGGCUUCACAAAUGUAGGGGACACGUUCACCCCGACAGUCACUGAGGUUUCCACAAGCCCACACUUGCAGUGGAUGCUCCAGCCUACCAGCCUGCCAUCACCUGGGGCCGCCUCCUACAACAGACUCGCUCCAUACAGAACCAAGGGACCGAACCCAGUCCACAACCCACAGGGGAUGAUCAAGACGGUGGCUUCUAGAAGUCACACUACCUCCAGGAGAGGGAGAAUGGAGCAGCUUUCCCCUGAGGAGGAAGAAAAGAAAAGGAUUCGCAGGGAGAGAAACAAGAUGGCAGCAGCAAAAUGCCGUAACAGACGGCGAGAAUUAACAGAAGUGCUGCAAGCUGAAACUGACACUCUGGAAGAUGAGAAAUCUGCUUUGCAAACAGAAAUUGCCGAUCUGUUGAAGGAAAAAGAGAAACUGGAAUUUAUUCUGUUGGCCCAUAAGCCUGUCUGCAAAGUUGCAUCAGAAAUGGACACUGACUCCAAUGAGCUGAGUACUGAACAUGACAACACCACUUUGGUUACAUCAUGCUUAGAACCUGCCACAGCCUUCUCCAAACAAGCCCCUUUUGCUGCCACUCCUGCCUUGGGCAAUUCCUCCACAGCGGCAAUGUCGGAAUUGGAUGCCUCCUUAGAGGAAUCCUUGGACCUCCUGGAGUCACUGAGAAGUACAGCAGUAGAAACAUCGCAAGCUGUCCCUGAUAUUGACUUGUCAAGCUCUUUCUAUACCCAAGACUGGGAACCCCUUUACACUCCUGCCAUGGGGGACUUGGAGCCUCUGUGCACCCCUGUAGUGACGUGCACCCCUGCCUGCACCACUUACGCAUCUACCUUUACAUAUCCUGAGGCAGAACCUCUCGCCACCUGCCGGGGAGCCCACCAGAGAGAGAGUGGCAACAGUGACCAGUCGUCAGACUCCCGCAAUCCACCCACCUUGGUCUCCUUGUGA